UUGCACAUGCGCACUAGGCCUUGCAGUUGAGUUGUUAUGACAAGCUGAGGCCUCGGACUAAAUUAGGUACGAAGCCCCGAGCUUUGUCGGGCAAAAUCCGCAAUGGAGGGCAUGGACCUAGACCUAGACCAAGAGCUAAUGCAGAAGUUCAGCUGCAUGGGCACCACAGACAAAGACAUACUGAUCUCGGAGUUCCAGAGGCUGCUCGGCUUCCAGCUCAAUCCUGCAGGCUGCGCCUUCUUCCUGGAUAUGACGAACUGGAAUCUACAGGCCGCUAUUGGAGCAUACUACGACUUUGAAAGUCCUAACAUCAGUGCACCUUGUAUGUCGCUGGUGAAAGAUGUGACCAUUGGUGAAGGUGAAUCCAUUCCUCCUGACACACCCUUUAUUAAAACCUGGAGGAUACAGAACACAGGCCCUGAGUCGUGGCCUCCUGGAGUGUGCCUGAAGUAUGUGGGGGGAGAUCAGUUUGGACACGUAAACAUGAUGAUGGUACGCUCUCUCAACCCUCAAGAAAUAGUGGAUGUGAGUGUCCAGAUGCAGAGCCCUUCAUCUCCAGGCAUGUACCAGGGCCAGUGGAGAAUGUGCACAGCCACAGGAUUGUACUUCGGAGAUGUCAUUUGGGUGAUCUUGAGUGUGGAAGUUGGAGGUCUUCUCGGGGUCACGCAGCAGCUCUCAUCUUUUCAGGCAGAGUUCAACACUCAGCCUCAUCGAAACCUGGAGGGAGACUACAACCCUUUCGCUUCGCCACAGAAGGGCAAAUGUGUGAACGGCAACAACAGCAGUCUCCUCGACAACAGAGAGCUCACACAACCACAGCCAGAUCAGAAUGGACUUUCACACCCCUCUGUGGAUUUAGUAGCAAAUAAUCUGCAAAGCAAUCUAUCGUUAGUCUCUUCAAACCAGGGUUUAAAGGAGCCCUUUUCCUCCGGCCAAUCCUAAACCCUGGGACGCAGCGGCGUUAGAGGAGGAGCUGGUGGAGAAAUUCAGAACUCUAAAUUUAUGCAAACGUCAGUCUCCCUCGAGGUGCACCGGGACUGACCAACUGUGCAGCUCACCCAGGCCCACACCCACAGUUUGCACGAGUGAAUGCUGCUCAUAAACGAGUGAUUUGAGCGAUUACUUUCUCUGGAUUUUUUUUUUUAGUUGUGAGUUGAAUGACGGUGGAGAUGUGUAAUUGUACAAUGUGUAUACAGUAUGUGUGUCUCUUUAAAACUUUAGGAGGAAAGCCAUUUUUUUUGCCAAUUGAUUCUUAAGUCUCUGCUUUCACGUUUGGCAUAUUUAUUAAGAUUUUUUUUCUUUUACAAAUUUCUGGAUUGUCAAUAUCAGUAGUAAUGAUGGUAACAAUCCUUAAGCUUUUGAAUUUUCAAUUUAAUGGAUUCUUUUAUGGGUUUUAUCACGGCUUUUGCAUAAUGGGUAACGUUACUUGCAUUUCUAGUUUGUCUAAAGUCAGUAGGGAUUUGCAUAUCACCAUUUUUCUCCUCUAGAUUAUCCAUCAAGACAAAAUAGUUAUAUAUAUAUUUUUUCCAAUCCAUGGUACUUAACAUAAUCAAUAAAGUAAAUGUUUUAUAUUCUGUACAAUUUUUAGGAAGAAUAAUCACAUCCAUUUGUCUAAUACUUUAUUUUGUCAGACCAUAAUGCAGUAUUAAAGACAUUAUUAUACAAAUACUGACUAUAAAAUAUAGAGUAUAGUCUACCAUUAUGUUAAGUCCGACAUUUGGGCCAACCAUUUGUUCUUAAACUGUAUUUAUCUUGUAAUGGCCUUUUGAAUUGUAAGUUAUCAUUUUAAUUUGAAUGUAUGGGGAGGGCACGGGAUAACAUUGUUUAUCUACAUGGCCUUUUUAAUUUGUCCUGGGUAAAAUAAAACUAUUUGUACAAAGAUGUUCACAUGAACUACACAUAUUAUAGAAAUAUCUGCACUAUUUCUGAGCUAUGCAAUGUGCUCCAGAAUAAGGCCUAAGCAUAUAAGCUCUCAACCGAAAACCAGAACAAAACAUUUCCAAUCUUUUGACGUGAUUCAAACUUAACAAUAGCCAAAUUACAAUGUUCCCAGUUCAACAUGUUAAUGACAAAUCUACCUGCAAAAUAAAUAUUGGUUCACUUCAUCCAACCAGAGCAGAGGGGUGGAUACAAAGCUUUUCCUGUAUGUUUGAUGAAUGUUUGUAUGAUUAAAUUAUCACUU